UUGACGUUUGUGUUGUUGCUGGAUUUCGCUGUCGCAGCUGUUUUGUUUCAUUUUUGCAUUUAAUAAAUUAAAUCCAACAUGGUUUUUGUAAAAAACUGGGAAGACUUCGAAAUCGCUGCCGAAAACAUGUACAUGGCGAAUCCGCAAAACUGCCGGUACACCAUGAAAUACGUGCACACCAAGGGACACAUACUGCUUAAAAUGACGGACAACGUGAAGUGUGUGCAGUAUAAGGCGGAAAACAUGCCCGAUCUAAAGAAAAUUGAGAAAAUCACAAGCAAUCUGGUUGGUCAUAUGGCAUCAAAGGAAUAGAUUAACAACAAAUUGGCCACGGCAGCAGUUUGGACCGAACGAAACAACAACAAUGUAAAUGAUUUGUUGUUGUUGCUAACUGGACUGAUCGCCGUGUGUUUCACCUACACUUGUUUAGUUUUUAAGCGCACUGGCCCCAAAGGCGGCUAAGCAUGUGGCAACAAGAGUAGUUACUGUUUAAAUAACAUUUUAUAAAUGUUAGCUCUGUGCACAGCAGCCAGCCGAAAAGGCGCCAGUGCAGUUUUAAAAUUUAUUGUACUUUUGUAUUUAUUGUAAUGUAAAUGGGUGCAGUUAGCUGCAUUAUAGUGACAUAUUGAAAUUAGUCCACAUUUCCAUGAAAUGCUUUAAACGAAUUAAAUGGUGUUUUAUAAGAAAA